AUGGUAUUAGCUAAUGAACUUAAUGCUUGGAAAAAACUUCAAAAUCAUUAUGAUACAAUUGGUAAAGAAUUGGUAAUGAAAGAAUUGUUUGCCAAUGAUAAUAAUCGAUUCAAUACUUUCUCACGUCAAUUCAAAGCUGAUGUUGAGGGGUUUAGAAAUAAGAUGUUUAAUGGUGAACAUAUCAAUUUUACUGAAGAUCGGGCUGUUUUGCAUAUUGCAUUAAGAAAUGUUUCAAAUAACCCCAUUAAAGAUGAUAAUGGUGAAAAUAUUGUCUCAGCUGUUAAUGAAGUAUUGGAACAAAUGAAAAAAACUUCAACUGAGAUCCGUGAUGGAGUUUGGACAGGUUAUACAGGAAAAGCAAUAGUAGAUGUUGUUAAUAUUGGAAUUGGCGGAUCAGAUUUAGGACCAGUGAUGGUGACUGAAGCAUUGAAACCAUAUGCUAAAGCUGGUUUGAAUGUGCAUUUUGUAUCGAACAUUGAUGGUACUCAUUUGGCAGAAACUUUGAAAAAAUUGAACCCGGAAACUACACUUUUUAUUAUUGCAUCAAAAACUUUUACUACACAAGAAACUAUCACUAAUGCCACAUCAGCUAGGAAUUGGUUUUUGAAUACUGCAAAAGAGGAUAAAUAUGUUGCUAAACAUUUUGUAGCUUUGUCAACAAAUACAAAAGAAGUUACCAAAUUUGGAAUCAAUCCUGCAAAUAUGUUUAAGUUUUGGGAUUGGGUUGGUGGAAGGUAUUCUUUAUGGUCUGCAAUUGGCCUUUCUAUUGCAAUUUAUAUUGGAUUUGAUAAUUUCCAUCAACUUUUAACUGGUGCUCAUGAUAUGGAUAAUCAUUUUAAGAACACUCCAUUAGAAAACAAUUUGCCAGUGAUUUUGGGUAUCCUUGGUAUAUGGUAUAAUAAUUUCUUUGGUGCUCAAACUCAUGCCAUUUUACCAUAUGAUCAAUAUCUUCACAGAUUUCCUGCUUAUUUCCAACAGGGAGAUAUGGAAUCUAAUGGAAAAUAUGUGUCAAGAUCAGGAAAAGAAGUAGAAUAUUCCACAGGCCCAAUAAUCUGGGGUGAACCAGGUACUAAUGGACAACAUGCAUUCUAUCAAUUAAUCCAUCAAGGAACAAAAAUAGUUCCAGCAGACUUCCUUGCAUCAAUUGAAACACACAAUCCAAUAUCCAAUGGCCUACAUCAUGAAAUUUUAUUAUCAAAUUUUUUUGCACAGACAGAAGCUUUAAUGAUUGGUAAAAGCAAAGAACAAGUCUUGACAGAGCUUGGUGAAGGUUUCAAAAAUAAAGAUUUGAUUGCACCUCAUAAAGUUUUUAUUGGUAAUCGGCCAACAAAUUCUAUAAUUUUUCAAAAAUUGACUCCUGCUACUCUAGGUGCUCUUAUUGCAUUAUAUGAACACAAGAUUUUUGUACAAGGAAUCAUUUGGAAUAUCAAUUCUUUUGAUCAGUGGGGUGUUGAACUUGGUAAAGUGCUUGCUAAAAAGAUAUUACCUGAAUUAGGAAAAGACAACAAGUCAGUUGUUUCUUCUCAUGAUUCAAGCACUAAUGGAUUAAUCAAUUAUUACAAAAAUAAUAGAAAAUUUUAA